AUGACGUACCGAGUGACUGGAGUCGAAGAUCUUAAAUGGACGCGCGCUGGAUUGCUGAGCAAGGUGGCGAGUAUCUACGACCCCCUAGGACGAGCAGCACCAGCGCUGAUAAAAGCAAAAAUUAAAUUGCGUGAGCUAGGUACCAGAGGACUAAACUGGAACGAAGCCAUCAGCGGUGACGACAAGGAGUGGUGGCAAACCUGGUUCAAGACGCUGGAGAGACUCAAUGACCUUUCAAUGCCACGAAAUUUGCAGCCGGACAAAAGAAAAAUCAUCCAGAGCGAUCUUCUAACCUUUGGAGAUGCAUCUGAAGAGGCCUAUGCAGCAGCCGUAUAUUUACGCAGUGUCUACCAGGAUGGCACAUCAAUAUGCAGAUUGGUGAUGGCCAAAACCAAAUUGGCCCCUCGGCAGACACAGUCGAUUCCAAAAUUGGAGCUGAACGCAGCAGUGCUAGGCGCUCGACUGGCCACAUACGUUGCAGACGCGCUACAAAUCUCUGGACUCAACAGGAUUUUCUUCACUGAUUCCAGUACUACCAGGAACUGGAUACGAGCCGUCGCUUCACAUUACAUGCCGUUCGUCAGCCACAGAAUCGGAGAGAUUCAAUCUCUCACCAACGCUAACGAGUGGCGCUUCAUUCCCGGGAAAAUGAACAUAGCAGAUGCUGCGACGCGGUCCCUAUUGACAGACGGAGAGCCGAUCCCACCGAGAUGGCUGGAAGGACCAUCUUUCAUCGCCUUACCAAUGGAGCAAUGGCCGAAGGAUUUGCCUUGGGUGGCAGUAGCAGCAGAGAAAAGAACUUCCCACAUCCACCACGCAAUUUCUGAGCCCCCUCUUCAAGAUUGGACAAAGGUGAUCAUCGAUUCGAAGAACAUCUCAACAUUCCUGAAGGUGGAAGGAGAUGCCAAGGAGAUUAUUUUAAAGUGCCAAAAGGAAGGAUUCCGUGAAGAAAUCAGUUUAUUGUCAAAGGGCAAGCAAAUCUCAAAGAAGUCAAGCCUCAUUCAAUUAACUCCUUUCUUAGACAAAAAUGGAAUGCUCCGACUGGGUGGACGGAUCCACCGCGCAAAGCUACCAUAUGAGAUUCUACACCCUCCAAUUCUGCCCGGAAAGCACCCACUUGCAGAAAAGAUAGUGACAGCAGUGCAUCAAGAGUCGCAUCACGCAUUUUUGGAUCCUGCAAGGACGAGAGCUGGCAAAGAAGAUCCGCUUCAACUGUGCCGUCUGUGUGAAAUCGCGUGCCAAACUCGCCACGCAAAAGAUGGGUGA